GUAGCUUGUAAAAUCAAUAGGACAUGUCAUUCCGUUACAGUUUCCGAUCCAAGUUUUCAUAGCCUCAUGUGUUCAAUAAGGCAGCCUAUGCAUUCAUUGCGGCAGAUUGUGUCGGCUGCUUCUGUAGUCAGCUGCUCGAGUGGAUCACGCGGAAUGUGGACGUGCUCGCCGAGGCCGACGUGGUGAAGCAGACGAACAAAACCCAUGCCAAGUAACACAAGCUAGAGCAGAAGGGAGGAGGGGACGAUUUGAAUAAAAAUGGAUGGAACGGACGAAAAGUGGGGUGAAACUGACAAUACUUUGAAUCAUUCAGCUUCUGUGGACGGAGCGCAAUGGAUAACCCACAACGAGCAGACGACAGCGGGAAAAGAAGAAAAAGUUUCUUUUUGGCGGUUGUUUAUGGACAACCGGCUUCAGGUUGUCACCUACUGUCUUGUGUUCGGCAGUUUUGGAGUUUGUGUUGGAUUUCUUGGCCCUACGGUGUUUGAUUUGGGAUGUCAAACUAAUUCGGAUCUGAAGGAAAUGAAUUGGGUGUUCUUUGUUCAGCUCCUUAUGACCCUAGUGGGAUCGAUAACGUCAGGCUGUAUGGCAGACAGGGUCCAGAACAACAUCCUCCUACUCGUGGGGGCCGCCGGCGUCUCAUUUUCCAUGGUCCUCAUACCCGCCUGCGACACCCUCGGCGGCCUCAUAGUGGUGCUGAUGAUUAUGGGCUGGUGUAUGGGCUGCAUUGACACUAUCGCCAAUCUGCGCAUGAUCACCCUCUUCGGCAAGAACGUCGGCCCGUUCCUACAGGCGAUGCACUGCUGUUACGGUCUCGGGGCGUUCGUCAGUCCAAUGAUAGCCUCAGCAUUCCUCCUCAACAUGGACUGCACCCCCUUCGUGGACGGCUACACCGUGGAACCCCACACCUCUGUCGAGAUGAAGGAGAAUGUCUCUGUUGAAGUCCCCCCUCAGCCUCGGAAGGUCUUCCGCUACCGGAAUAUGAGCCAUGUUCCUAUAGCAUUCUACAUACUAGGAGGGCUGCAGUUGCUGGUGGCGUUAGAGGUGGCGUUGGUCAUCUUGAGGGAGAGGAUGCGGGGACCGGCGAAGACCCCGGCGGGGCCACAGACAGCUGGAGAAGGGGGUGUGGGUGGUUUUGGCUGGAUCAGGAAGUGCUGCGCCACCAGUCCGAGGGAUGUGUUCCUGAUAACCCUCCUUGCCGCCAUCUCCGUCUUCCUCUUUGAUGGUCUGCAGUCCACAUACGCCAACUACAUCUACACCUACGCCCACGAAGCCAGCGUCAAGUCUCUACAGAAAUACGAAGGUGCUAUUCUCGAUGCCUGUUUCUGGGGUAUGUUUGCAUUCGGGCGACUAAUAUCGGUUCCCGCAGCCGCCAAGUUCACCCCGGGCUUCAUGCUGUUGUGCAGUAUUGUUGGUUGCAGUCUCGCCCUAGUGUUCACCCUCAUCUUCAGAUUCAGUCACGUCACCAUCUACAUCGGCACGUGCUUUGUUGGGUUGUUUGUCAGCAGCAUGUCGCCGUCGGCGCUGUCGCUCACAGAGCAGUUCAUUGACAUGAAUUCAUCCAUCACAACGUGCCUGAUAGUGAUGGCUGCCCUGGGGGAGGCUCUGUGUCCAAUCAUUGUUGGCAAUCUGGUGGUUUCUCUUGGGGCGACGAGUUUUCUGGCCUUCUGCUUUACAAUAGUCCUGGUGACACUCGUGCUGUACUGGGCUCUCUACAUGGCCGGGAAACAGAUGGCCAAAUACCAAGUUGCCAGUGCAAGAUCGUUCGUGUGGUUGAGCAACAACCCUGUGGCUGCUGCAGGGGAGAGCACUCUGAUCGACCCGUCAAGUGUCAAGUAUUACUCGCGCAUGCCGGAGAGUGACAGUAACGUGGAGAUGGCCGCCAUGGAACCUCAUCAACCAAACAACGCUGAGCAUCGACAACCAUAUGAAUCUUAGUUUAACAAAUCUGACAAAUAUCUAUUUUAUAUUUCAUUGUUGCGCUAAUGAAUAUAUAUAUAUAUAUGCAAUACUACAUAUACACAAUACCCUGUUGUAAUCGUUGGUAUACUGUUAUAUAUGAUAAAUAUAUAUGUGAUGUGUUAAAUCUUUUGAAGUUUCAAAAUUAUAUAUGUAACCAUGUAUUAGAAAAAAUUAUGUUAGUUUUUGUGGGGACUGACCAUUUCAUAUGUUGGAGGCGGGUAGGGGAAGGAGGUGGGGUGGAUAGGUUGGGGGGGGGAUGUGUGUGUGGGUGGGUGUGGGGGUAGGCUGCGGACGUACUGGUAUUUUUUAUCAGGGACAUAUAAUUAAAACCAUGAACCAAUGACUGUAUUUCAACGAUGUAAAUUUGAAAAACAAAUAUUCUGGUUAAAUUUCAGUUUUUCGAUAAUAUCCCAGACCCCCACCCCCGUCAACCAAGAAUAUCAAGUGGUCGGUUGUACUGUUCUGAUCGAAUUUUAUUAAUUCAGUCAUUGCAGAUUUAACAAAUGUUUUUCUAGUGAAUAUGAGCAGCGCAUGGGUUAAACGCCCUUCAUCAAAUCAACUAGCUUUAUCUGCUAAAACAUCACUCUCUAUCUGCCUUCCCUGCCCUGCCCCUCAUCUCCAGUUACCUCCCUUCUUCUUCUGACCCCUUGGGGUAGGGUUCACUGUCUAACACCCUAUCUAAUUCCCAUAUGUACAUAAAGUGUUUCAGUAAUCGUCGACAGUUGAGAUGGGGAAGCCGUGACAUUUGAUUGGCCUGUAUUUGUGUGCAUAGGGCGUAACCACGAAUUAAAUACUGUGUUGUGAUUGGAUGGAAACAUAAUGGGCGGGGGUUGUGAUGCAUUAUUGCGUCGAAUAACGUCCCACUUUGUGUGUUGUCUAAUCUUGAUGAUUGUUUUGGGUGUAAAAGCAGUCAGCGAAGUUAUUUUUGAGGUAUAAACAUGAAAAACGUUUCCUCGAUAAACACGGACAGCAUUGAAGUCAUCUCAAAUAAAACACUUUAAUUGGCGGACUUUAUUAAACUGUGAAAUCUGUAAUGAUACGUGAAGGGAUACAGCAAUAUAACUCUAAAAAUCAUCUUAAAUUAUCAUUGAUUACGUUUUUAAGGUAAGCCCCAUUGUUAAGUUGAAACCCGAGUAUUCUGUAACAAAGAUCAAAUCAUGAAUACACAAUGCCAUUUAGAAAGUGAUCAAAUGAAACUUAUGUUACAUUUGGGAU